GCUGAUUCUUAGCUGAGAAGCUUCGAAGGCAUUGGUUGGACCCAACUUCCCAAGUCAUUUGACUGGACAGGCUUCGUACAGCCCUCAUUUUCCUUCAUCCUGCAAGCUGAAGAUUUGUGCUCUCAGGCAUAGGUACAUAUCGGUCGACGAGGCGGAUGCUGGGGUAGCGUGCGCAGCUGAGCACGUUUGAAAGGGGGUUCUUCUGGCGGCUUAUGCACAAUCUGCUGCAAGCAAGAUAGCCCUCAUUCUGUUGGACCUUGUGAGUGGUUUUCUGAGAGGAGGAUCUUGCUGCUGCCCCGCAAAUGAAAGCAGCAUACUUCCCGCCUCUUUUGCUCUGGCUUUGGCUGGCUAGCACGUCUGCAUUGAUUGCAAGUAGUGAGAAGCUUCAAGAUGUGGAGGCAGGCACUUUCGGAGAUGCAUAUCCGAGUCUCCUCGCAGCGGCGGAGGGGAACUGGGGGGGGAUCCUGUCAGAUGAUGUUGAGAAGGAGACAUUGAGGGACGAAGUGUGGAACAGGCUUGAGAUCUUGGGAAAGGUCAGCGAUGCUCCAGACAAGCUCCAGCGCACGUUUCUGAGCCCUGCAAUGCAAGAGGCGAUGGCUCUCCUGCAAGAGUGGAUGACUGACGCCGGAAUGCGCACGUGGGUGGACAUCAUGGGGAAUGUCCAUGGCAGGGUCGAUGCGCCCAACUCGACGGCACCCGCACUCCUGCUUGGUUCGCACUUUGACACAGUGAUUGACGCUGGCAAGUACGACGGGACUCUCGGUGUCAUCACCUCGAUUGCUGCGGUCAAAGGUCUGCUCCAGGGUGGCCAUACGGCGUCACUGCUCAAGCGACCGAUCGAGCUGGUGGCAUUCUGCGACGAGGAGGGGGUGCGCUUCGGGUCUACAUUCCUGGGAAGCAGGGCUAUCGCGGGAGGCUUCAAUCCGAAGAUUCUUGACGUGACGGACGAUACGGGAACGACUGUCGCUGCGGCGCUGCUGGAAGCGGGAUUGGCAACGGGGCUCGGCAAGUUGCCGGAACAGAUCGCGGAGCUGGCGUUUAAGCCCUCAGAAGUUGCAGGCUACGUGGAGGUCCACAUCGAGCAAGGGCCCGUUUUGGAACGGAAGGGCGUCGCUUUGGGUGUCGUUCCGACCAUUUGCGGGCAGACGCGGCUGACCGUGACAGUGCAGGGGGCGCAGGGCCACGCGGGGACGGUGCCUAUGGCGCUGCGCAAGGAUGCGAUGGCGGCCGCAGCGGAGGUGUAUGUAACGAUCGAGAAGAUAUGCGGAGGGGGGAGAUACGGCCGCCCUGAGGAGGCGAGCGGGCGACCCGUCUGGCAGGGAGGUACCGGCCUGGUGGGUACCGUGGGUGACGUCAGGGUGUGGCCGGGGGCUUCGAACGUCAUCCCGGGCCGGGUGAUUUUUUCGGUGGACAUCCGCGCGCCAAUGGACGACCUUCGAGAGACGGCCGUCAAAGACGUCACGGAGGCGAUUUAUACCAUCUGCAUCCGACGGGGCGUGAAGUGCGAGGUCAAACGCAAGCACGACGCCAUGGCGACGCAGUGCGCGCCGGCUUAUGUGAGCAAGCUGCAAAGCGCGGCCAGCCGUGCGAUCGAUAUCAUCGGAGGGACGACCGGCAUCUCGGGCUUGGGGCCCGGGGACGUGCCGAUUGUCGUCAGCGGAGCGGGGCAUGACGCCAUGGCCAUGGCAAAGCUGACGCAGGUCGGCAUUCUGUUCGUGCGGUGCAAGGCCGGCAUCAGCCAUUCGCCAGAAGAGGCGGUAGAACCGGACGACAUAUGGGCGGCCAGCCUUGCGCUUAUGCUUUUCUUACAGGAGGAGACGCUCAAAUAGUCAAAACAAUAUAUACUCCAGCGAUCCCAGAAACGGCGGAUCCCAGAAACGGCGGAAGUAUAGAGUGGAAUUAACAGGUAGGGCUAGAUGUGACCUUAAGAUGUACUGGGUAGCAAUGACAGGGCAAUAAUCUCAUUUUCCCGACUAGGUAGCGCGUUGUUUAGGAAGGCUGCUUUAUCUUAGCUUGUGCCAUAUCUGAAAACAUAAUCAGCUUAGUAGAACAGCUAGCAACCAUGCGUGGUCCGCCCGUUGCAUGCCAGCAAUGGACGGACGUGCCUAUUGUAAGAAAUAACGGUUGACUAAUAUCGUAGUGUCGGCCAAUACCUAGACCCAAGCCGUAAUUGAUAGUUGAACUUAGAAUCUGUCUGUUCAACUUUGCAUGCUGUAACCGUUAACAUCGCUCGGAUAUGAUUGUUUUUUGGAACUUAGCUAUCAAAAGCAUGUUCCCUAAAAUUUUCUUGAUUAUAUAUGGAUCAAGGUUUGUGAA